AUGGUAAUAAUGCUCCAUACCGUUCGACCAGCUGAACUUCAUACCGCGCGGCUGUACAAUAUCGAAUCAAAGUAUGACUUCGCGCCCUCUUCGCGGCGAUUCACGCUAUGUCUAGGAGAUCCAAGGUGCAAGGGAGUCAUUAUAUGGGAAGAUCCGAUUGCUCGACCUAAGAGCGGGUCUUCACUCCGACGUCUCACCCCUAUCGUACCGGCUGAACACUUUCAGGCUACAACUAUUCCGACCAAUCACAUGAGUGAAUCACGAUGCAUACACGACGUGCAUGCAUACCUCGCUGGGGACAAUUCGCUGACCAUAACCUCGGAAUUCACCACGUCAAAUAACCAUAUUGCGGCCAUUAAGGCUCCCUGCACCCAUGGGGCCCCACAUCCCUCUUCUCACAGCGAGGUUCUAUGGCCUGAUAUACGUAUCUAUCUCCUCUGUCUAUCCGAGUUAUGA